GGUUUAAUAUUCUUAAGUUUCGUCGACUUUCACGAAGACCCACUGAUGUCGGACGCUGGCGUAGAUAAGGCCAAGCCCUCACCUCACAAGGUGCGGAAGCUGGACCCACAGGACGCCGUGUCGUCGGAAGGGGACGACAGCAAAGAGUACGACGCCGAGACCCAGAAGGCCCUCGAAGACAUCGACGCCUGCCAGAAUGAGAUCGACGCGCUGAACGAGCAGGCGUCGGAAGAGAUCCUCAAGGUGGAACAGAAGUACAACAAGCUGAGGAAGCCCUUCUUCGAGAAGAGGAACGACCUUAUUCAGAAAAUCCCCAACUUCUGGGUAACGGCAUUUGUGAACCACCCCCAGGUGUCUGCCCUGCUGACAGAGGAGGAUGAGGAGUGCUUGCACUACCUGACCAAGCUGGAGGUGGAGGAGUUCGAGGACAUCAAGUCAGGAUACAGAAUUAAGUUCUUCUUUGAUGACAACCCUUUCUUUGAGAAUGAAGUCAUUGAGAAGGAGUUCCACCUUGGUUCCUCAGACUAUGAUCAUGUAGGUGACCCCGCCUCCAAGUCAUCGGAGAUCAAGUGGAAGGAGGGCAUGGACCUGACCAAGCGGAACAAGGAGAUCACCAAGCAGGGCAGGAAACGGCUACACGAGGAACCGCGCAGCUUCUUCUUCUGGUUCACAGACAACACAGACGCCUCCUGCGACGACAUCGCAGAGGUGAGAUGGCUGUCAGGAAAAUGGUUAAUUCUUGCAAAGCUCUCUGAUGAAGAUGAGGAUGCGGUGGUCGACUCAGUGGUGGUCGUAGAUGAAGAGGAUGAGUUGGAUGAGGAUGAUCAUGAAGAUGAUGAGGAUCAUACUGAGGAGGGACUGCAGGUCCUGGAUGAUGCCCAUAGAAAGAUGCAUAUCAUCAUGAACUCCAUUUUUCUUUCUCUUCCAGAUGAUGACCUGGAGGGUGAGGAGAUCUAUGAGGAGGGUGAGGAAGGUGAGGAAGACACGAAUGAUGGAGAGGUGGCAGGAGGAGAUGGGGCAGAGGGUGCAGAAGGGAAGGUGGCAGCAGCGGAAGGUGAGGAGGACCUGGAUGAUGAUGAUGAUGAUGAUGAGGGAGCAUGAAGAGCCCACAACAAUCUGUAACUCCAACAUUCUGUAAAUACUGCUUUCCACGAGGGUCGACUGGACACAGUGUCUCCUCCCAACCUUCCACCAGUCUGGCCUGUAAAGGACUCAUCAGCAG